AUGUCUGCUCGUCCACAAGUUUCUGUUGUUUCCGCUGAAGGUAAACAAACCUCCACCCAAUUACCAUUACCAGCUGUCUUCUCUGCUCCAGUCAGACCAGACUUAGUCCACUCUGUUUUUGUUAGAGUUAACAAGAACAAGAGACAAGCUUACGCUGUUUCUGACAAAGCCGGUCACCAAACCUCCGCUGAAUCAUGGGGUACCGGUAGAGCUGUUGCCAGAAUUCCAAGAGUUGGUGGUGGUGGUACUCACCGUUCUGGUCAAGGUGCUUUCGGUAAUAUGUGUCGUGGUGGUCGUAUGUUCGCUCCAACUAAGACCUGGAGAAAAUGGCACGUCAAGGUUAACCAUAACGAAAAACGUUAUGCCACUGCCUCUGCCAUCGCCGCUUCUGCCGUCACCUCUUUAGUUUUAGCUAGAGGUCACAGAGUCGAACAAGUUAAGGAAUUACCAUUGGUUGUUGCUAACGACUUCGAAUCCGUCACCAAGACCAAGGACGCCAUUGCUGUCUUAAAGGCCGUUGGUGCUCACAAGGAUGUCAUCAAGGUCAUCAAGUCCAAGAAGUUGAGAGCUGGUAAGGGUAAAUUGAGAGGUAGAAGAUUCACUCAAAGAAGAGGUCCAUUAGUCGUCUACGCUCAAGACAACGGUAUCACCAAGGCCUUAAGAAACGUUCCAGGUGUUGAAACCUCUGACGUUAAGCACUUAGGUUUAUUACAAUUGGCUCCAGGUGCUCACUUAGGUAGAUUCGUUAUCUGGACCCAAGGUGCUUUCGAAUCCUUAGACUCUGUCUACGGUUCUGACUCCACCAAGUCUAUCAAGUCUGGUUACACUUUACCAUCCAACAUCAUUUCUAACACUGAUGUUACCAGAUUAAUCAACUCUGCUGAAGUCCAAGCUGUUGUCAGACCAGCCGGUCAACCAACCCAAAAGAGAACUCACGUCUUAAAGAAGAACCCAUUAAAGAACAAGCAAGUCUUAUUAAGAUUAAACCCUUACGCCAAGGCUUUCUCUGCUGAAAAGUUAGGUUCUGCUAAGGUUUCUCAAACCAAGGCUAAGCCAUCUAAGGGUCAAUUCUCUGAUGUCUUAAAGAACUAA